CAAUCAUCAAAGAAAAUGUUUAAUUAUUACAACAAUUUACUUCUUUUAAUAAGUUUGGCUCAAGUUGAACGGAUUAAUUUAAAUUGUUGUAUGUUGACAUCUACUGGUCCAGUUGUGAUUAAUCAACUAAUCAACUCACAUCAUGUUCAUAGGAUUUCAUGUUUACCUUUGAUUCUGGUGAAAAGCUCAUUACUCCGGUGGAGUGAGGAUUAUAUUAAUCACCUUAAUCACCAUAAAGUUAAAUUACAAUUCAUUCCCACCGGUGGUCAGUGUUCAAAUUUAUCUUCUUGUGGUCAAUUUAACCCUUUAAAUUGGGUCAAGGGUGUCAACCUUAAAGUAAACCCAACAACAAUCAAUUGCUGUUGUGAAUAUAAAACCAAAGGUUUGGUUGAUCGUUUUGAUUGUGAUCCAUUUUUUGACAAUAACAUUCCCUCAUCAAGACAAUUAACCACUUCCACCAUGUCUGAAAUUGAUUCCACUACAAUUAAUCAUGAUUCAUCUUCUCCUGGUAAUCAAUUAAUUGCUAAAUUUGGUGUUCUAACUGAUGUUCAAUAUGCUGAUACCGAUGAUAAACCAGCUCAUUAUGAUCCAACUAAGACGAGAUAUUAUCGAGCUUCGUUAAAUCAUGUUGUUCAUGCUUUUAAUCACUGGGACAGGGAAACAAUUAAGCCAACCUUUGUACUACAAUUUGGUGAUAUAAUUGAUGGACUUAAUAAACGUACCAAUGGUUUAGAUCCUCUUGAAGCAAUUAAUAAAACACUGGCCACUUUUGAAGCUCAUCCAACAAUCCCAACCUUUCAUGCUGUUGGUAAUCAUGAAUUGUAUAACUUUGAUAGAGCCGAGAUAAUUAGUCUAUUUCGUGAUUCACUAAUUAAGAAGACAAAAGUUAAACCAGAUCUGAUGGGUUUAAAUUUAAACGUCAAUGAAAAUCCAGUUAAUUGUUCAUCGUCAUCUUCAUCAUCGUCAUCAUCAGCUAAUUAUACUCUCUAUUAUAAAUUUACUCCAUCACCUAAAUUGAAGAUAAUUGCACUUGAUUGUUUUGAAAUCUCGGUAAUAGGCUACGAUCCUAAUCAUCCUAAUUACCGUCAAGCCGAGGAGAUACUUUAUAAAUAUCAUGGUCAUCGGGAUUUUGACCUUUGGGACAUUGAUGAUCAUCUACCGGAAGGUCCAGAGAAAAGGUUUCAACAGAUGAACGGAGCUCUCAGUGAACAGCAAUUAACUUGGCUAUCAAGGGAACUUCAAGAUUCCGAGUUGAAAGGAGAAAAGGUCAUCGUUUUUGGACAUGUUUGUCUUCACCCUGGUUCGUGUGAUUGGUCCUGUUUGGUCUGGAAUUAUGAUCGAGUCAUUGAAACUUUUCACAAGUACAAUUGUGUAAUUAGUUACAUGUCUGGACAUGCACACAAAUUUGGACAUUCGGUCGACGAAAAGGGAAUUCAUUACAUCGUCUAUCAUGGAGUCAUUGAAACAUCUCCGACCAAUGAAGCUUUCGCAACCAUUUCCCUUUAUCAUGAUCGACUUCAGGUUGAUGGUUAUGGUUUAGAAAAAAGUUUAACACUUCCGCUUCCUUCAUCCGCUGUUUCCUCGGUACCUCCUGCUGUCGUUACUCCAUUAGGCUCAUCCAAUGGUUACGAUGUUUCCAAUUAUGCUGAUCCAGUUUCCAAUGAAAGUCCAACCACAAUCAGAGUUACCGUUUAAAUAACAUCUUUGUAUCAUAUUUGAAAUCAUUUACUUUUUGUUUGCGUCUUAAUUGUUAUCAUAUAAACAAACACCACUGUUAUUGCUAAAUUAUGAUAAUAUGAACAAAAUUAUCAUAUAUUAUUAAAAAAAAAUCAAUAUAUUUGUUUGAUCAAUUUCCAAACAA